GACUGUCACUGUCAUGUUACGUCAAAAAGAAAAGUAUAAAAAAACUACCUAUUUGUAUUAUUAUAUUGAUUUGGAUUUGUAAAGGUUUUAUUUAUUUAUGCAGUUACCUGCUACAAAUCUUUAAACACACAUUAGUGAUUAGACACAUAAGCAUUUAUAAGUAUGAGUCCAGUGGAGAGUGCACCCGUUGCUGUCUUAAAUUGUAUUGAUGAUUAUGUUGAAUUAUUGUAUGAUGAUAUUCCAGAAAAAAUCAAAGGAUCUGCUCUUAUUCUACAACUAGCUAGAAAUCCUGAUAAUUUAAUUGAGUUAGCAAGAAAUGAGGCAUUAUUGAGUGCUCUCUCAAGAGUGUUGAGAGAAGAGUGGAAAAGAAGUAUUGAACUAAGUACCAACAUUGUUUAUACAUUUUUCUGUUUCUCUACAUAUAUUGAAUUUCAUUCUGUUAUAAUACAAUACAAAAUUGGGUCUUUGUGUAUGGAUGUAAUCGAUUAUGAACUAAAGAGAUAUGAUCAAUGGAAAGAAAGGGUUGAAGGCAAGAAACAAGUACUGACACCUGAUAAGAAUGAACUGCCAAAAAGCAGAAUACCAGAACCUAAGCGCCGCCCUAAAUCUGGCACUUGGGCUGUAGCUGAUGUUAACUUACAAAAAACACGUCAGUUGGUGUCCAGUUAUCAUGAAGACUUGUGCAAUGCCUCUGAUGAAUAUCUCUCGAAAAAUGAUGAAGAGCAGAUGAAGCGAAAAUUAAAGACAUUGUCUAAGCGACAAGAACAGCUUUUGAGAGUCGCUUUUUACAUGCUGUUAAAUAUUGCUGAUAAUAUUAAAGUUGAAGAAAAAAUGCAUAAAAAAGAUAUUGUUGGAUUACUCAUUGGUGCAAUGGAAAGACAUUCAAAUAUUGAUCUUCUCAUUCUCAUUGUAUCAUUUCUACAAAAGCUAUCCAUUUUUGUUGAAAAUAAAAAUUCGAUGACAUCUAAAUCGAUUAUUGAAAAAUUGGCUCCUCUACUGGAUUCAUCCAAUGCUGACCUGGUCAAUGUUACUUUGAAACUUCUCUUUAAUUUAACAUUUGACACGAAAUUACGGAACAAAAUGAUUAAAGUUAACCUUUUACCAAAGUUUAUACAAUUCACAAGCGAUGAUAAACACAUAAACUUGGCAAUGAAAAUCCUUUAUCAUUUGAGUAUGGAUGAUCGCGUGAAGCUGAUGUUCACACAAUCUGAUUGUGUUAAAUUGUUGACGGACAUGCUGCUGCUGAACGUGAACAGCGAGUGCGGAAUGGAGGCGGAGGGCGGUGGGGGCGCGGGCACGACAGACGUGCUGCUGGCCGUGUGCGUCAACCUGGCGUGGUGCGAGCGCGCCGCGCAGCAGAUGGCGGCCGAGGGACGCCUGCGCGAACUGCUCGCACGCGCCUUCCGCCACAGGAACGCCAUGCUUAUGAAGCUCGUCCGCAACCUCUCACAUCACACACAAACCAAGCCUCUCUUUGUCGAAUUUGUAGGCGACAUAGCCGGGGCGGUGACAAGCGAGGAGGCGCCCGAGGAGUUUGUGAUCGAGUGUCUCGGCACUCUGAGCAACAUUCUGUGUCUCAGCAACAAUAUCGAUAUUUAUGCUGUUGUUGAAAGAUACAAUCUUAUACCGUGCAUAAUGAAGAUUCUAGAUCCAGAGAACGAGCGGGACCCGGAGCUGGUACUGGAGGGCGUAGUGGCGGCGGGCGCGCUGGCUGCGGAGGAGCGCGCGGCGGGUGCAUUGGCAGCAGCGCGCGGCGGACACGCGCUGGUAGAGCUGCUGCGCCUGCGCCAGGCUGACGACGAGCACGUGCUGCAGACCGCCUUCGCCUUCCGCCAGAUGCUGUCGCAUCUUGCCGCCGCUGACUACCUCGUCAAUCAAACCGAAGCACCAGCCUACCUUAUUGACCUGAUGCAAGACAAAAAUGUCGAAAUACGAAAAAUGUGUGACGCGUGCCUGGACAUUAUUUCUCAAAUGGAAAACGAUUGGGCGGAGAGAAUUAAGGUGGAGCGGUUCCGCUGCCACAACGGGCAGUGGCUGUCGAUAGUGGAGACGCUAGGUGAAGGCGCGGGCGCGGGGACGGGCGCGCCGGACGCCGCCGAAGACCUGCCGCCCUACCUCUCUGCGGACUACCUCACCACGCACCGUCUCACCACUGCAGAUUCUCAAAACUCACUGGAUGAUGACUCUGACAGUUUAUCUGGUGACGGGGACUUCAAUCGAAUGAACAGCAGGAAUACUUCAGAUGCGCAUACAGAUGAAAUGUACGCAACGCUGGAUUCCUUAUCUGACAAACCCUUAGAUAGCAGUGCGCUCACCAAUAGCGAUUUAAAAUUACUCGCUUGAAAAUGAUGCUUUCUACUCGUUAAUUAUAGUAUUUCGGUAGCUGCGUAUAUUGAAUAUGAUAAUAUUAAUACUCAUCGCAAAAUAUUGAAAUUAAUAGUCAUAAUUUGGUAGUUUCAAAAAAAUGAUUUGAUUUUUGUACAUAUGUUUGGUUCUUUGAUAAACAAUAACAGUAACAUUUGAAUAAAAUAAACAAUAUCUCAACGAUCUUGGAAAAUUACGUUCAAUCGAAAUUUAAACUGGACAAUGUGAAUAGCUAUAAAAAACAAAAAAAAUAUAAUAUCAAAUAUAUUUACACCUUAGAGCUAAGUUUUUGGCGGUUGCAAAGCAGUAAUAAACAUCGUCCAAAGUUACAAGACUAUUGGGCUUCGUAAAACAUUUUUCUUUUACACACUGACAUUGUUCGUGCUUUCUGUCAAAGCUCGAUGCCUAUAUUUCGCCCUCCACACUAAUAUAUUAUUUGGCUUUGGUCACAAUAUGAAUUGAUCCAUAACACAUAUCCAAAUAUAUUGACACUAAUUACCAUUUAAUUGUACAUUGUGCAAGCUUAACUAUGUCCUAGUUAUAUGUAUUUUAAUUUUAUUUAACGUCAGUAUUUAGUAUGUAGUGAAUGAUUUUUGUAAGUAGGUAAUAUUUUAUUAUACAUUCACAUAUUACAUGCUUCUGAAAUGCUUACAUAAAAGAGUGCAUAUUACAAAACAAUUGGACAGCUCGGAACAUCGAUCGAGAAUUUGCACAGAACAUAAUUUUAGGUGUUAGCAGAAGGUAAAGAGAUGCGCGGUUUUUCGUUGUACUGUAAAUGUUGGUUAGUGUUGUUAUACUGUCAUUAUUAUUAAUUAUGAUCUCAUAAAUAUUUAAACGUGCUGUGCUAUUGCAAUUAAAAUAUUUUAAUCAAAUAAAU